GGGUAAACAAAGUAUCACUAUCACAUUAUUCUCAAAACAAAUUUUAAAACAAGCAAAAGUUUAUUAUUAUUUACCAAAGUAAGUCAAAGUCAAAUGGAAAUAAGAAAAAAGUAGACGGUCGUCCAAUUUAGUUAAUUUUGCUAAGUAAACAUACAAGUGCAGUGCGCGCAACCGACAUACUCACAAGGCCGACCCCGAUAAAGUUUUCACCGACGCAAAGAGAGCCGGAUCCGUAGUUUCGCCAGCUCAGCGCCCCACGUGUGGAAAUCUUGCCAGGAAAGCCCCAAGGCACACACACUCGCGCGAAUUCCUAUAUACAAGCGCGUAGCAAGGAACACGUAUACAAAUGCGCGCGAGGGAAAAGCGCUAGGUCAGAGGAAAGUGAAAAGUGAAAAGCGCGUGCGACAGCAGCACUCAGGGAUUAGUCAACGUAACCGCACGUAACCGAGCAAGAUGCCGCUGCUCGCGUACCGGGAGAAGCACAUCCUCAGCGCUCAGCAGCUUCGUAAGCUGAGCGAACACAAGUACUCGUGCUUCAGUGCCAGCCUUCUCGAUCCGCUCCUGCAGCCCUGGUGGAACUGGCUGGUGGCCCAGACGCCCCUCUGGCUGGCCCCCAACCUCAUUACCAUCGUGGGUCUCAUUCUCAAUGUGGUGACGACGUUGAUAUUAAUUUGCUAUAGUCCGAAUGGCGUGGAGCCUCCACCGCGUUGGACCUGUUUCCUGUGCGCCCUGGGUCUGUUUAUUUACCAGAGCUUGGACUCCAUCGAUGGCAAGCAGGCGCGUCGCACGAAUACCUCCUCGCCGCUGGGCGAACUCUUUGAUCAUGGCUGCGAUUCGAUAUCCACAGUGUUUGUGGCGCUGUCUGCGUGCGUAUCCUGCCAGCUAGGACACUAUCCCAACUGGCUUUUCUUUCAGUGCUUCUGCGCCAUAGCUCUCUUCUACUGCGCCCAUUGGCAGACCUAUGUGUCUGGGACUAUGCGCUUUGGACGAAUCGAUGUGACGGAGGCUCAGUUCUCAAUCAUCGCCAUACACCUGGUAUCGGCUGUGCUGGGGCCCGAGAUUUGGUUGACCAAGAUCGGCAUUGGCGGCAUAGAGCUUUGGUAUGGGCCGGCAAUGACGACCAUUGUGUGCGGUCUGCUCUCCCUAACUUAUGUAUUUUCCGUCAUUAAAGCCGGUGGUGUUGGCAAGAAUGGCUCGACAGUUGCUGGCACUAGUGUGCUGUCGCCGAGCAUUCCCCUUACGCUGGUGGUGCUACCCGCCCUGAUGAUUGCCCAGAAGUCGCCGCAGAACAUCUUUACCGAACACGCUUCGGUGUACAUUCUGGCUUUUGGAAUGGUGGCGGCCAAGGUCACCAAUAAGUUGGUGAUUGCCCACAUGACCAAGUCGGAAAUGGAUUACCUGGACUGGUCACUGCUCGGCCCCUCGUUGCUGUUCCUCAACCAGUACUUUAACUGCGUCGUCCCAGAGAUUUGGCUGCUGUGGUUUACCCUGAUCUGGGGCACCCAGGAUCUUCUGCGCUACUGUGCACAAGUCUGCCUGGAGAUCUGCCAGCACCUGCGAAUCGAUCUAUUUCGGAUCCCGUAUACGCCCAAGGGCCAGAGUUUGCCCUCACAUCCGGCCACCGCAUCCGUGAGCAGCCAGAGCAACUUUGGCGGCGGCGGCAGUGCGGACAAGAACGGCGGCGCAGCGCAUCGAAAGUCCAAGAGCAAACCGCACUAGAUACGGCAUCAACGCCGUCGCCGCUACAUUAAUUAGUUUUCUUUUUACCAAUUAACGUCGUUAGAAAGAUGUGGGGGGCGGGGGGAGGAUGAUUAUACUCGUAGGAGGAGUUGCAGUUGUCGCAGGAACUAAAACUACAAGAACCGUAAACACAACCCAACAAAAUUCACCGUCGUCAAUGUUUAAACAAAAGUAUAGCUAAACGAAAUAAAGCAAAGUCGGAUAGAGAGGAGCCGCGAUGGCUAAGCAAAGUGUUGCUCCUAAAUUUUUAGAGUUAGUUUACAACUUGUGUGUUGUUGUAGCAAAUGUGGCAGGUGGCUAGAAAGAAGGGGAAGGAGAAACAGAACUGUUGCAGUCUCCUCCUAUAUCAAUUAUGAAUGGCUAUAUAUAUAUAAAAAUAUACCUAUAAAUAUACAUAUAUUUUGUAUGAUUGUGUAAGUUGUAAUAAAUCUAGAUGGCAGUAUUUUUACUGUGCUAAAAACACUCGACACACCCAA